AGAACAGAGAUCCAAUAUUAACAUGGCCAUAUCCCCCCCCGGGCGAGGUCUGAGAUCUUUCGUCUUGUCUUGAAUCUUCUGGAGAUCUCUUACGUAGGACCCGUCAUGGAACCCUGCGUCUGACGUCUUUUCCCUUCCAACAUGGCUGUAUCACUUGAGAUGUGAUGGGGGUUUUUAUUUUACGCGCUCGUAAAAGAAAAGACAGGGCCUAUUUUUCUGAACAGAGCAGGGGGAUUUAACGAACAAAGACUCAUUUACCUGCAACAUCCCGACGACGCGGCUCACUGCAGAUUUGUUCAGCUGCUUUUGAUCGUUGAUAUUUUUGGCAUUCUGGCCAAAAACAUAUAUAUACGACUCUCGCUAUGCCGUCUCUACAGGUGAACUCUAGACAGAGUUCCCUGCGGUUCAGUGCUUUUGUGAAUGGGAGAAUGGAUCAUCAUCCGACUGUGAAGCGGUGGGAUGGUGCUGCGAGGACGUGCACAGAAUGGGACAACAUUCGACGAGACCCUGAACUCUGGUUUCGAAAUGGAAACUGCAUGGUGCAUCUCCACGCCAAAGGUCAUUCUCAACGAGGUCCCUCCUUCAAAGUCCCCUUCUCAGCCCUCCUCGACGCCCAAUGCUACCCUCUUAUCCAAAGGUUUCUCGUGUGGGAGGGCGUUCAAAAACCCAAUCUUCGCGAGCUCAUGAGAUGGAGUAAAAAACACACAACACGCAAAAUCGAAUUAUACAUCCCGCCACCUCCAACGACAGAUAAAACGCAAGCUUUCAACUACCAUCUCGCAACACGCAAUUUCUUCGCUUGGGUGUUUCGAAGAUCCAUGGUCGGAUACAGUCUCGGCGGCGCUCUUAUUGGUCUUCUCCACAGUAUGCAUGAGUUUCGAUCCGGCGUGGACGACAAUGUCUCAGAUAUGAUGGAGUAUUUCGACGAGGAAGGCUAUCUCGACAUGGCGAAUCAGCCAAACCACGCGCUGGCAAUACUACAGCUUGCGGAGUGUUUUCAAAUGAAGGAGCUGUACAUCCGAGCUUUUGCACAUUGCGUCGGCAUGAGCGAAAACUUGUUCGAAAAUCCUGGGUUUCAGGAGCUCAGCCCUUCAACACGCAAGCUCAUACGUAAAGGACAUCUCGAGCUUGAUUAUCGCAUGACGCGGUCGUCUUCGAUGCUGAGAACGUUUCUCGAUGAUGAGCUGUCGGAGGCUCAUUUGAGCGUCGCAGCAGGCGCCCGAGCUCACCUUGAGCGCUUCCGAAGUUUUUUGUUAUCGUUUUAUACGACGAAGCUGGGGUACUAUCCACCGACUGCGGACUCUGACAACGACCUGUUUGAUCCAGCUGUGUUACGGAUUAUGCGUGAGGACUUUGAAGCUUUAUAUGAUCUCUUGGUUGAUGACCAGUAUACCUCAUCACAUACCAUGCCGCCUACAGCACAUGGAGGAAUCUGUACUAUUCAACUUGUGCAGUCUUUCGACUUCGAGCAUGGAUACGAUGUCCUCGAUCACCCACUGCCGCUUCUCCCCGAUGCAAAUGGUAACAACUCGCGGCGCAUGUCUUGGUUUCCCGGACGUGUGACUCUCAGAUCAGAUCGCAGAGUAACGGCUCACACAGCGUUGAUCAGCGCAUCGAAUCUGAUGAAGCCAGGAGUUGCGCAGAAUGAUCUCGUGAGAGCAUAUCGACGCUUCGAAGAAGAUUCCAUCAUGUCGCCGAAUAAAGCAGACAAGCAGGAGAAGGUGUCGCUGGUGGAUGCUCGCAAGGUCCGAUGGAUUCUCAUCUACGCAACAUACCAAGUCCUUCGCUACGCAACAGACACAGCAACAGAUUUGGAAGAGGACGAGAUCAACGAGGCUCACUACAGUCUCUCUGCAUUAACUGACAAGCUUCCGCCGUGGGAUACACCUCGCGAUCUGGACCGUAUCUUGAAACGCCAGACCCAGUACGUUACUAGCGGACCGACCUGGAGUGUGCAACCGGAUGGUGCUGCAGACGCAGGAGAAGAUUCCUCUGGGAAGAUUGAGAUUAAACCGGACAUCGAUUACUUCGCACUCACUCACCGAGAUCGUCCCCAAACACAACACGACAACCGCAAGAUGGAACGUCGAGCAUCAAUGCCUUCACGCCCAUCACGCUCAAACUCAUUCACACAAGCACUCAGCCGCUCUUCAACAAUUCGACGAUCAAUGCGCAUGUUUAACCCCCCCGCUACCACACCACCUCAAUCAAUCACACCGCCAACACGGCCAACCUACCACGAAAUCGUUGUCCACGGUUACGGCAACGGCACAAACGAUGUAAACGUCGACACAGACGACACAGACAACACAACCCCCGAGAGCAUCGAAACCAACGACACCGAGUCACCCCUCGACACACCGCCCCUAACAGAAUACUACGUCGAGCCCAUGAUCCCCAAAGACGUAAAAGCACGCCGCGAACGCCGCCGCGACGUAAUGUCCAUGGUCGCACGGUCAAUGUCCGGCCGCGUCUCCAAGCGCAGCCGUCCCAUCAGCGCGAUAUUCUCUGACUCACGCUGCACGGAGGAAGUUGAGAGCAGAAGACACAGCAUGUUUCCGCAGCCGCUGCGGAUAAAGACGCAGGUGGAGGAGCCGUAUAUCGUGAAUGAGGAUGCGGAUUGGGCGGCGAUGCAGACGUUUAUGGAGAGUCCGGGGGAGAUGACGGAGAAGGAUGAUGACAUGAUGCCUGCUUGGGAGCAGUAUGCUGAUUUGGGAGGGUUGACUGAUAUGAGAUGAGAAUUUGCUGAGAAGGAGAUGUGUGGUUGCUUUCACGCUUGACGCGUUUUUUUCUAUGUUUCUUUUAUGGUUGUUAUAAGCGAAUACCCCUAUUUCUUUAUGAAAUGACAUGUCUAGACGAUAGUUAUAGCUAGCUUUAUUAUGUUUGCUGUGGGAGGUAAAAGUUAGGUGGGAAGGGUAGUAGUUAAUCAUCAAGUGUUGAUGUCAGUUGCUCUUACUGCGAUGUGCUGCUGGGAAUGAAUGUCAUUAUUCGACCAUGGUAAGGUCAAAGUGUUCC